GUUAUGAUGCCAAACAUGCACCAAGUUUCUCAAAGUUUUUUUGAUAAAAGAAUCUAUGGUGUCUUCUCUGAAGUUGAAGCCACCCACAUUGCUGAUUCACCAAUUUCCUCCUUGAAAAUGAAAAAUGAAUUUGACUUGGUGAGAGCUUUACUUGAAAUGUUACAAGGGUUUUCUAGUUCCUUAUUUUAUUGGGACAAUGAUGGGAACCGUUUUCGUGCCAAGAGUGAAAUGUAUGUUGUUCAGACAAGAAGUGUUGAAGCCCUUAUCGAUCAACUUAUGUAUGCCGGAACUUGCUUGCAACUGGUGGGAAAUGUGGUUGCUAAAGUUGAGAAACAGCCGGGAUCUUCAUCUUCUCCGCCUACUUUGACAGCAUUUGCAUCCUCUGCUUCUGCUUGGCUUUGUAGAUUACGUGAUAUUGCUCUAAAGGAACAAACGAAAAUGAGCAAUGCUGGAACUGGAUUUAGUCCUACCUUGCUGGGAUUGACAAAUUCUUUAUCCAGCCUUUGCUCAGGUGCUGAGUACCUAUUGCAGAUAGUGCGUAGUGCUGUUCCUCAACUAUUUUGCGACUCUAAUUCUUCUGUUCCAGCAGCUGACAUAGCAGUUCAUAUCCUUGAUUAUCUUUACAAGAAACUGGAUGAAGUGUGUCUUGUGCAAGGUGGCGAGGAGGAAAGAUAUCAGAUGCUACUUUACAUGUUUAUUGGUAGUCUGUUGCCUUAUAUUGAAGGUCUUGAUUCAUGGCUUUUUGAAGGAACACUUGAUGAUCCUUAUGAAGAGAUGUUCUUCUUUGCUAAUAGAACCACAUCUGUUGAUGAGGCUGACUUCUGGGAAAGGAGCUAUCUAUUUAGGCAAACACAGUGUCCAGAGUUAGAUUCUAAUAUGACUACUUUAAUUUCUUCCUGUGGCCUUGGUACUAUGGUUAAUGAAAAGAAGGAAGUUGGCCAAAGGGAACCCAUCUCUAUUUAUAUUUCUAAAGGGAAGGACCGGAACAAUGCGGACCUUCUAGCAUGCCCUUUGUUUAUCAAGGACAUAGCUAGGGAAAUUGUUUCUGCUGGAAAGUCAUUGCAGCUGAUUCGGCAUAUCCCAAUAGCAUCCCCAGUAGUAGCUGGCAGAGGAUAUGAGUAUGAUGUUCAUGCCAGUUUUAGCAAUUUAAAAGAUGAUUGUUGUCACAGUCAAAGCAUUGCUGGUUUAACAUUGUCAGAAGUUUUUUGUGUGUCAUUAUCGGGUCUUAUAGGUCAUGGUGAUCACAUCUUCCGGUAUCUUUGUCCAGAUGACUGGCAUAAGAACAAUAUUAUUCGGUCACUUGGAUAUUCUAUGAACAAAGAAAAAAUUGGAGGCGAUGAACAUAAACUUUUGCCUGAGGCUUGCUCUGAAAAAAUUUGGUAUAAAUAUUUGGUUGAUACACUAUCUGAGAAGAAACUGAGUAAUGUUGAAACUAAUGUAGCUAUCACAAGUGGAGAGAAAAUGGCUGAAUUUGAUGCAAAUAAAUCACAUCUUUUGAGAGCCUUCUCUCCUGAAAAUCCUGUUAUUACUGUGUGCCAAGAAAUCCUUUCUAGGAAUAAGGAGUCCUGGACAGUGUUAAAUUUAUCCAGAGAUUUCUAUCUGCCCCCUCUAAAUGAUGAUGUCUUACGAAAGGCGAUAUUUAGUGAGAGUGACACAUUUUCUGCAGUGGAAAAAACAGACUAUAUUUUUGGUUUCCAGUUUGGUGAAUCUGAGUAUCUUCGUACACAGGAUGACUCUAAGAUGUUGGAAACGUUGUUUCCUUUUCCUACUGUUCUUCCUUCCUCUAAGGAUAGUUCUCGUAUGUCAGAGCUCUUACCUUUCCAGAAAAAUAGCACCCUACCAUCAACAGUUCUUAGCUGGGUUCAGAAUUUCAGGCCUAAAAAUAAUGUACUUCCUGUGGUUAUUAUGCAAGAGUGCUUUACUGUGUAUAUCAAGAAGCAGGUGGACUGUAUUGGCCAACAUAUAUUGUCAAAAUUAAUGAAUGAUUGGAGGUUAAUGGAGGAGCUAGCUGUUUUGCGUGCCAUUUUUUUGUUAGGAUCAGGUGAUCUGUUACAGCACUUUUUGACUGUUAUUUUCAAUAAGCUGGAUAAAGGAGAAACAUGGGAUGAUGAUUUUGAGUUGAACUCUAUUUUACAGGAAUCCAUAAGAAACUCUUCUGAUAGUGUGCUACUAAGUGCUCCGGAUUCAUUAAUUGUGUCCCUGACCAAACAUCAGGAUGUAUAUGGCGAUCAGCAAUCUAGUUCCCUUCCAUCAACUCCUCACAAAAGGCGUGCACACACCUUUGGAAUCGAUGGCCUUGAUUCAGUUAACUUUACAUAUAAGGUGUCGUGGCCGCUUGAACUCAUUGCAAAUACCGAGGCAAUAAAGAAGUAUAACCAGGUGAUGGGGUUCUUGUUGAAGGUCAAGAGAACAAAAUUUCUACUCGAUAAAGCUCGGAACUGGAUGUGGAAGUGUAAAGGUGCUCCAACGAAUCACCAUAAGCAUCACUGGUUGGUGGAGCAAAAACUUCUCCAUUUUGUGGAUGCUUUUCACCAAUAUGUGAUGGACAGAGUAUAUCACAGUGCAUGGCAAGAACUCUGUGAAGAUAUGGCAGCUGCUCGUUCUCUGGAUGAAGCGAUAGAAGUACAUGAAUCCUACUUAUUGUCAAUUCGGCGCCAGUGCUUUUUAGUCCCAGAUAAGCUGUGGGCUCUCAUUGCGAGUAGAAUCAACAUCAUUCUUGGAUUAGCGUUAAAUUUCUAUUCCACACAGCAGACACUGAGUGGUGGACCAGUUUCUGCAAUUAAGGCCAAAUGUGAAAUGGAAGUUGAUCGUAUUGAGAAACAAUUCGAUGAUUGCAUUGCUUUCCUCCUAAGAGUCCUUUCUUUCAAGCUGAACGUGGGUAACUUUCCCCAUUUGACAGAUUUGGUUACUAGAAUCAACUAUAAUCACUUCUACAUGUCCGAUAGCGGUAACUUGAUGAAUGCCCCAAACUCUGAAAAUGCUGCAAGAGGAAGAAAGUCAUUUGUUGGCAGAACAGAGUGAUUUGGUUAGUAUUCAUAUUAGUGUCUUAUUCAAAUUAGUGUGAAGAAAGAUCUCAUGAGCCUGAGCUUGAGCGAAACAGUUUGCUCAACUCCGAUUUGUAAGCUUUAAAAAAGAAAAGCUCAAGUAAAUAAUCAGUGUUAUUGAUUUUCAAUAAUGAAAAUGAAUUGUUGUUACACACUGAUAAAUAGAUCAGCCUUUUACAUACUACACAAGAGACUAAGAAUUAGUUAUAGAAAUAGGUUGGUUAGUUACAGAUGAUAACUUGCAACUAACACUAACAAAAUGCUAAAGAUCCUAUAACUAACUCUAAGAUAGGGGAACCGUGUGCUUGAAAUGGCCGUUGUAGGACUAUCUGCGAGUUGGUCGAUAGCAAGAACAUGUUUCACUUGCAGCUGAGCUUGUAGAACCUUGUUCCUACCAAAAUAAAGGUCAAUAUAAAUGUGUUUGGUUCUAGGAUGGAGAAUAGGAUUUGUUGCAAGCAUAGUGCUUAGAUUAUCGCACCAGAUGGUUGGAGUUGUGUGCAAAGGAAAGUUAGACAGUAGUGGUUGGAGCCAAGUGAUCUCAGUCACAACAUCAGCUAGAUUGUGAAAUUCAGCUUCAAUUGAGGAUUUUGAGAUUGUUGCUUCUUAGACCUCCAAGCCACAAAAGAUUUGAUCCUUGGAAGACACUAUAGCCAUUGGUGGAUCUUCGGUCAUCAGGGUCUGAAAUCCAAUCAGCAUCACAAAAUGCUUCAAUGUCAAAGUGAGAAGACAUGGAUGAAAGCCAUAGUCAAGGGAACCAACCAUAUAUCGUAAGAUUCUCUUAACAACAACCUAGUGAGACUUAAGGGUGCUUCCAUAGAUUGAGAUACCUUGUUAACACAAAAUGCUAUAUCAGGCCGAGUGAUGGUAGCAUAUUGGAGAGCUCUCACAACUCACCUGUACAAAGAGGGAUCUAGAAUAGGAUUGCUCCCAUAAUGUGACAGCUUUAGACCAGUAGUCACUCUGUUGGACUUGCACCUUGCAUUUUUGUUUUGUAUAAAAGAUCUUGUAAGUAUUUUGUGUGAGAUGGAUGCACACCAUCAAUAGUGUGGAGAACCGAAAUACCAAGGAAAUAGCUACGUUCCCCAAGAUCUUUUAAGGCAA